AAAACCCUUCACUUUCCAUACGCAUUGCUUCGUUUUCCUCCUCACUCCUCCCUCCGCCUUCCGUCACCCUCUCGGCGCUCUCCGCCCUCCCCGCACAAUUUCACCCCCCCUUCCGAUGUCUUUUGGUUCCUUCAAGAUACAUCUAUCUUUCUUCUGGGGUGAUUUCUUUUUCAUGAAUCGGGGAAGGUUGUGGUGUGCUGGGAAGAUCUUGUUCCGACAUUGGACUUGACAAUUGCCCUAUCUUUGCAACAAGGUGAGGGGAGUUUGGGUCUUGUGCUCUUUUCCUAGUUUACUCUGUCUAUUGUUUGUUUUUUGGUCAACCUUUAAGUCUCCGGCUGUGAUUAGUAUUGCUUAAUACUAUUCGGGGAAGAUUCUUUUAGUUGAUUUAGCUAUUUAGCUGUAGGUUUUUAGUCAUUAGUUUACAUGGGGAGGACAUUCCUUCCUCCUGGAUUCCGCUUUCAUCCAACUGAUGUUGAACUUAUAGUGUACUAUCUCAAGAGGAAGAUCAUGGGAAAGAAACUUCAUUUUUUUGAAGCUAUAUCAGAGAUCAACAUUUACAGGUUCUCCCCGUGGGAUCUUCCUGAUAAAUCCUGUUUGAAAAGUAAAGAUCUUGAGUGGUAUUUCUUCUGUCCGAGAGAGAGGAAGUAUAAUAGUGGUGCUAGAAUGAAUCGAUCAACUGAAACUGGGUACUGGAAAACUACUGGAAGGGAUAGACCUGUAAUUUACAAUGAGCGGACUGUUGGAAUGGUUAAAACCUUGAUUUUCCAUGAAGGCCAUGCACCAAAGGGGAAUAGAACUGAUUGGGUUAUACAUGAAUACAGAAUUGAGGACUUGCAUAUGGAAGAAGAAACUCUUAAGGAUUCAUAUGUGCUAUGUAAAGUAUUCAAGAAGAGUGGACUAGGCCCAAAAAAUGGUGCACAAUAUGGUGCACCAUUCAGUGAGGAAGACUGGGAAGAUGAUUUUGAAAAUUGUGAUGAACCUAUUCCAUUUUCCAUUCCUACGCAUCCUAUUAACCAAAAUUGCUCAUCUGUGACUAGCAUGAUUGACCCAGGGUGUUCAUCUCGUCAGCCUUCAUCUGAACCAGGUCCAUCUGCCAUUCCUCAUGCCAAACUUUCGGAUCCUAUUAACCAAAAUUGCUCAUCUGUGACCGUCGGCAUGAUUGACGCAGGGUGUGCAUCUCAUCAGCCUUCAGCUGAACCAGGUCCAUAUGCCACUCCUCCUACCAAACUUGCGGAUCCUAUUAACCAAAAUUGCUCAUCUGUGACUGGCGGCAUGAUUGACCCAGGGUGUUCAUCUCAUCAGCCUUUAGCUGAACCAGAUCCAUCUGCUGUUCCUCCUGCCAAACAUGAAGAUCCUAUUAAUCAAAAUUGCACAUCAGUGGCUGACAUGAUUGACGCAGGAUGUUCAUCUCGUCAGCCUUCAAAUGAACCAGGUCCAUCUUUAUCCAGGCUUCAUGCGGAUGAGAUGCUGCCAACUAACCAAAACUGCUCUGUUUUUAUGGGUACUGUUGACCCAGGGAACACUUGCAGUCAGUCUUUGGCCAAGCCAGGUCCAUCUUUAGCUGUGCCCCAUUCUAGUGAGGUGCCACCAGAUGAUGAUAUCAGUCAUUUAUUUGCCUCAUUUCUGGAAGAUACUGACUUACUCCCAAUUGAGAAUAAUGAGAAUGUUAACUGUUGCAAUCAAGGGUUGAACGUCGACAUGAUGCCGUGCAUGGAUGGAAAUGAUAUAUACACUGCGUUUGGUGGCCGUGUUAACUUUGCAGACCUGAGUGGAGGCAGAUCUUAUCUCUCUGGAAGUCUGGUUGCUGACCACCCUCCUAAUUCACUGUUUCCACAAGAUGAUGCUUCCUUUUUGGAGCUCAAUGAUCUUUUAAUGCCAGUAGAUCACUGUACUCGAACCAGUGAAGCUCACCCAUUAGUGGAAGAGAACUUAUAUUCAUCGAAUGCCUCUUUCCUUGGAAUGGAACAUUUUAAUUAUGGCGGCAAUUUUUCUGGGGGUAAUCAGUUCAUUCCAACUCAAAGCCAGCUCCAAGUGCUUCCUCAACAUUAUACCCAACAAGUAACUGGUAUCGGCUUUAAUGCAAGUCAGGGAUACAACACCAUGCAGGUAACUGGUAUGGAGUUUAAUGCAAGUCAGGGAUACGAUGCGAUGCAGGUAUCUGGUAUCGAGUUUAAUGCAGGUCAGGGAUACAACACUCUGUACAAUUAUGGUUUUGAUACCACGAUGCAUCAACACGGGAUGAUCACAUCACAUGCUGCUGAUCGAGACCAGCAUAGAGGUUGAAGAAUUGCCUACAGUUCCAGCUGUGGAACUCAAAACAAUUGCCAAAUUUAUUGGUCUACAGUCUGCUGUUGUAGACUAGUAUGAGUUUGGAGUGAAUCUGUAGAAAAUUUUAAGUUUGGGAAGUACUACGUAACUUUUUAUUCUAUGGACAUUGUGUAUCCCUUUUAAUUUUUGUUGGAUUAUAACAAUAAUUUUUUUUUAAA